UUAUGCGGUUAUGCCUUAUAGACGUAGGCAGAGAAACUAUGUCUACGCAUAUAAACAUUAGAGGUUAUGUUUUUAUUUCGUAAGUGUAUGAUAUUAUAAUUUGAUGUAUGAAAUUAAUAAAUAUUUUACAGAAAUAACUAAAAAGUAAGUAAAAUGUUAGAACCUUGGAAUAAUAGAUCUAUAUUACAACCACCAAUAAACACAUCUACCUGUAAAAACUUUGAAAUUAAUAACCUUAAAAAUGUUUGCAAUACCAUAAUCCAUGUACUAUCAAAGCAAUCUCCACUACAUAAAGAGAGUGCUAUAUUUUCAAGAUUUUUGUACAAAUUCGACAAGAAAUUUAGAAAUGACAUUGGAUAUAGGUAUUUUAAAAAAGUAAACGUGGCUUUACGUUCAUUUUUGAGAUUACCUAUAAUUAAAGAUGUUCAUAACUUCAUGGAUGUUUUGCCCGGCAAGAAUGACAGUACAUUAGCCCCUACUAAACAAAUGUUGGAAUAUGUUUUGAUACGACUGAUGACAUUUUCUAAACUUAUGUACCGAGUAACACUUUGUUCCAAGCAAGCAGCUGUCUUCUAUUUGAAUAGAAUAAAACGGGGCGAAAGUCAUUGGAUGUGUUUAAUGCCUUUUGCUUUAUUGAGCAGAGUUUGGUCAAUGGCAUUUGUAUUGUUACAACACUCUUGUAAUUGGUACAACCAAUUGUAUCCUACUUUAAGCAAAAUGGAAUAUAAAGGCUUACAGUUUUUACCAGAAAAGUAUUCAUUGCCAUCUAAUUUAGAAGAUUGGAUUGACAUGAAACAUUUGAACAAUGCAGGCAGAUUUCAAUGGUCCCAAAAAUUUAUUACUAAUUUUGAUUCAAUUGUGGGUGAAGAUGACGAAGAAGGGUUAUAUGACAAUAUUCUGAAGUUGGUAGACAAUAUUAAUAAAAGGACUAAAGACGUAGAGCCAGAUACACAACUGUUGCUGCCUAAACAGGACCUAUGCACUACAUUUGUACCAAAGCUAGACAAUAAUGAUCAAGGCGAAGCAAUAUCCAGAGAGAGUUUUAAAAAUUUCAUGGCUAAUUUACCACCUAUUUUAAAAAACCCUACUGUUAAUAUAGUGAGACAAGAUCAUUGCAUAAAAAAUGUGUCUGAUCAAGAUUCUUUAAAUGAGUUUAUUCAAAAUGAGGAAACAUAUAGAAACACAUCAGAUGAAAAAAAAUCUCUAACUAGUCACCUCACUUUUAUGCAGUGGCAAGCUUUAAAAAACAGUUUGCUUAAACUUGAUGGUUCCCUUAUGAAUAAGAAAAAAAUGGAAAUGAAGGUCCAAAAGAUAUGGAAAGAAAAAUGUUUGGAAUACAUGUAAAUAAAAAUAUUUUAUUGAAAAAAA